CGCAGACGGGCCCCAGCGCUGUCGGUCCCCGCGGGGCGAUGGGCUGAUGGGCGCCGCGGGACGCAGGAUGCGGUGGGCGCCCGCGCGCCUGCUGCUGCCGCUGCUGCAGUGGCUGCUGCUUUUGGCGCCCGAGAUCCGCGGCGCGCCCGGCUGCCCGGUCCCUAUCCGCAGCUGCAAGUGCUCAGGGGAGCGGCCCAAGGGGCUAAGCGGCGGCGCCCCCAGCCCGGCGCGCAGGAGGGUGGUGUGCGGCGGCGGGGACCUCCCGGAGCCUCCGGAGCCCGGCCUUCUGCCUAACAGCACCGUUACCCUGCUCUUGAGUAACAACAAGAUCACGGGGCUCCGGAACGGCUCCUUCCUGGGACUGCCGCUGCUGGAGAAACUGGACCUGAGGAACAACGUCAUCAGCACAGUGCAGGCGGGCGCCUUCCUGGGUCUGGGGGAGCUGAAGCGCCUAGAUCUCUCCAACAACCGGAUUGGCUGUCUCACCUCUGAGACCUUCCAAGGCCUCCCCAGGCUUCUCCGGCUAAACAUAUCUGGAAACAUCUUCUCCAGUCUGCCACCGGGGGUCUUUGAUGAGCUGCCAGCCCUUAAGGUUGUGGACUUGGGCACCGAGUUCCUGACGUGUGACUGCCGCCUGCGCUGGCUGCUGUCCUGGGCCCGGAAUCGCUCCGUGCAGCUGUCGGAGCGCACGCUCUGUGCCUACCCCAGCGCCCUGCACGCCCAGACCCUGGGCGGCCUCCAGGAGGCCCAGCUGCGCUGCGAGGGGGCCCUGGAGCUGCACACACAUCACCUCAUCCCAUCCCUCCGCCAAGUGGUCUUCCAGGGCGACCGGCUGCCCUUCCAGUGCUCGGCCAGCUACCUGGGCAAUGACACCCACGUCCGCUGGUACCACAACCGGGCCCCUGUGGAGGGCGACGAGCAGGCGGGCAUCCUCCUGGGCGACAGCCUCAUCCACGACUGCACCUUCAUCACCAGUGAGCUGACCCUGUCUCACAUCGGCGUGUGGGCCUCAGGCGAAUGGGAGUGCUCCGUGUCUACGGUCCAGGGAAACGCCAGCAAGAAGGUGGAGAUCGUGGUGCUGGAGACCUCGGCCUCCUACUGCCCCGCAGAGCGAGUCGCCAACAACCGCGGGGACUUCAGGUGGCCUCGAACUCUGGCUGGCAUCACAGCCUACCAGUCCUGCCUGCAGUACCCCUUCACCUCGGUGCCCCUGAGCGGGGGUGCCCCUGGCACCCGAGCCUCCCGCCGGUGUGACCGAGCUGGCCGCUGGGAGCCGGGGGACUACUCCCACUGUCUGUACACCAACGACAUCACCCGGGUGCUCUACACCUUCGUGCUGAUGCCCAUCAAUGCCUCCAACGCACUGACCCUGGCCCACCAGCUUCGAGUAUACACGGCCGAGGCCGCCAGCUUCUCCGACAUGAUGGACGUUGUCUACGUGGCUCAGAUGAUCCAGAAGUUUCUGGGUUACGUCGACCAGAUCAAAGAGCUGGUGGAGGUGAUGGUGGAUAUGGCCAGCAACCUGAUGCUGGUGGACGAGCACCUGCUGUGGCUGGCCCAGCGCGAAGACAAGGCCUGCAGCGGCAUCGUGGGCGCCCUGGAGCGCAUUGGGGGGGCCGCCCUGAGCGCCCACGCCCAGCACAUCUCUGUGAACUCGAGGAACGUGGCCUUGGAGGCCUACCUCAUCAAGCCGCACAGCUACGUGGGCCUGACCUGCACGGCCUUCCAGAGGAGGGAGGCCGGUGCGCCGGGCACCCGGCCCUUGGGUCCCGGCCAGAUCCCCUCCCCGGAGCCGGAGCCCCUGGCCGACCAGCAGCUCCGCUUCCGCUGUACCACGGGAAGGCCCAACGUUUCUCUGUCGUCCUUCCACAUCAAGAACAGCGUGGCCCUGGCCUCCAUCCAGCUGCCGCCCAGUCUAUUCUCGUCCCUCCCGGCUGCCCUGGCCCCCCCGGCCCCCCCAGACUGCACCCUGCAGCUGCUUGUCUUCCGAAACGGCCGUCUCUUCCGCAGCCACGGCAACACCUCCCGGCCUGGAGCCGCUGGGCUUGGCAAGAGGCGCGGCGUGGCCACCCCCGUCAUCUCUGCGGGAACCAGUGGCUGCAGCGUGGGAAACCUGACUGAGCCGGUGGCCGUUUCGCUGCGGCAUUGGGCUGAGGGGGCCGAGCCCGUGGCCGCUUGGUGGAGCCAGGAGGGGCCGGGGGGGCCCGGGGGCUGGAGCUCUGAGGGCUGCCAGCUCCACUCCAGCCAGCCCCACGUCAGCUCCCUGCAGUGCCAGCACCUGGGCAACGUGGCCGUGCUCAUGGAGCUGCGCGCCUUCCCCAGGGAGGUGGAGGGCUCAGGGGCAGGCCUGCACCCUGUUGUGUACCCCUGCACGGCCCUGCUGCUGCUCUGCCUCUUCUCCACCAUCAUCACCUACAUCCUCCACCACAGCUCCAUCCAUGUGUCCCGGAAGGGCUGGCACAUGCUGCUGAACCUGUGCUUCCACAUGGCCAUGACCUCCGCCGUCUUUGCGGGAGGCAUCACACUCACCAACUACCAGAUGGUCUGCCAGGCGGUGGGCAUCACCCUGCACUACUCUUCACUGUCCACACUGCUCUGGAUGGGGGUGAAGGCCCGUGUCCUCCACAAGGAGCUUACCUGGAGGGCACCACCUCCACAAGAAGGGGAUGCUGCCCUGCCUGCCCCCCGACCCAUGCUCCGGUUCUAUUUGAUCGCAGGAGGGAUCCCACUCAUUAUCUGUGGCAUCACAGCCGCUGUCAACAUCCACAACUACCGGGACCACAGCCCCUACUGCUGGCUAGUGUGGCGCCCAAGCCUAGGAGCCUUCUACAUCCCCGUGGCUUUGAUUCUGCUCAUCACCUGGAUCUAUUUCCUGUGCGCGGCGCUGCGCUUACGGGGUCCUCUGGCACAGAGCCCAAAGGGGGGCACCAGCAGGGUCUCCCUGGAGCCAGGGGAGGAGCUGAGGGGUUCCACCAGGCUCAGGAGCAGCGGCCCCCUCCUGAGUGACUCGGGUUCCCUUCUGGCCGCUGGGAGCGCAGGGGUGGUGACGCCCGGGCCCCCGGAGGAGGGUGACGGUCUCUAUUCUCCAGGAGCCCAGCUGGGGGCGCUGGUGACCACGCAUUUCCUCUACCUGGCCAUGUGGGCCUGCGGGGCUCUGAGCGUGUCCCAGCGCUGGCUGCCCCGGGUGGUGUGCAGCUGUCUGUACGGCGUGGCGGCCUCCGCCCUGGGCCUCUUCGUCUUCACCCAUCACUGUGCCAGGCGCAGGGACGUCAGGGCCUCCUGGCGCGCGUGCCGUCCGCCCGCCUCGGCCUCCCGAGCCUCCCCGCGGGCCGUGCCCGCCGCCCUAGAGGACGGGUCCCCGGCGUUCGGAGAGGGGCCCGCGUCCCUCAAGUCGUCCCCGAGCGGCAGCAGUGGCCCCGCCCCGCCCCCGGGCCCCUGCAAGCUCACCAACCUGCAGCUGGCGCAGAGCCAGGCGUGCGAGGCGGGGGUGGCGGCCCGCGGGGAGGCGGAGCCCGAGACGCCGGGCCCCCGGGGGAGCCUCGGCCCGCGCCACCCGAACAACUCGCACCACGGCCGCCGGAGCCACAAGAGCCGGGCCAAGGGGCAUCGCGCGGGCGAGGCCGGCGGCAGGAACCGGCUCAGGGCGCCGCGCGGGGGCGCGGCCGGGGUGGCCGAGUUGCCGUCGGGCGAGAGCGGCAGCCCGCACAACAGCCCGUCCGACAGCUACCCGGGCAGCAGCCGCAACAGCCCGGGCGCCGGACCCCGGCUCGAGGGCGAGAGCACGCUCACGCCGUCGGAGGGCAGCGACACGAGCGCCGCGCCGCUCCCCGAGGCCGGCCGGCCGGGCCAGCGCCGCAGCGCCGGCCGCGACCACCUCAAGGGCGGCGGGGGCGGCGCGCUGGAGAAGGAGAGCCAGCGCCGCUCGUACCCGCUCAACGCUGCCAGCCUGAACGGCGCCCCCAAGGGCGGCAAGUACGACGACGUCACCUUGAGCGGCGCCGAGGCGGCCGGCGGCGGCUGCAUGAAGACGGGGCUCUGGAAGAGCGAGACCACCGUCUAGGCUGGGGGCGGGCGCCGCUUCAGGACGGGCGGGCCGCGUGCGCAGGAGACCCCGCUUCUUGGGGGCCCUCAGAGACGUCGAUCGGUACGUCCCCAGGAUUGAGAUAGAGGUGCCUCGCUGCGCCCGGGCUCGCCAGCUUUAGUCCCGGAGGAUGGGGAAAGGACAGGCACAGGCCCGCCAACGCGAAGAGGGCCAUCCCUCUGGGGUAGCGACAGACAAUCCCCGAACCGCAGACGGGAUACGUUUCCGUCCCAGCGCAGGCUGGUUUCGGCAGCCCCUGCCGUCCAGGCUCGGGGGAAAGGUCCUGUGGGGCUGCGGAGUGAGCAAGGGCGGCAGGGGCAGCACAGCUCAGGCGGACUUCUCCUAAGGUACUCCCCGCACCUCCCGCCCCGCUCACGGGCGGCCAUCAGCCUUACCCGAAACACACGGGCGAUGGGGGCCUGAGUAAGGUGUUCUCUCCUCACUGCCCUCCUCUGAAUCAGUCACCCACCUGUGCCCAGAUCCUAGGGCCUCUCCCCCACCCGGUUCUGGCUAACUAGGGAGCCAGCCUAGCAGAUGAGCCAGGUGACCAGGACCAGUGGGAGGAAACAAGGCGCUGCUUUUCGGAUCAUCUAUGCAAAAGGAGAAGGUGGGGCGGGGUGAAAGGCAGCUGCAGGGAUCAACCAGCCCUCUGGGAGGGGGGCAGGGGGAAAGGUGCACCAUCAGGGCUGGAGGCCAUUACCAGGACUGGGACACACACCACACGGCAGGGCUCAGAGGUGGCGCUUCAGGACAAAGCCCAGGCCCUACACCUAAGAAGCUGCCUGACAGAUGCCUGGAGAUGAUGUGAGGGAAGCAGAGUUAGUGCUUAGAUCUGGGGCUAAAGCGAGUCCUGCCUUAAACCUAAUCCUAUAAAAAAACAAAAACAACAAAACGCUCUGAAGAGGGGCGCCACCGCCAGGCUGCAGGUGGUGCUGGAGAAGCACUUACUGUCCAGUCACAGGCCCAUAUCCCCAGUCUCGGCCCUCCACACCGAGGGACUGACAAAGCGCACUCCCUGCCACGUGAGGCCAUAGAGGAGAACCGUUCCAAUGAUCUGAUCUCCAGCUCCAUAUUAGGGAGAAACCUCCAAAACAUCAAACCAGGUUCCUGCCUCCCGUAAGCCCAAGCCAAGUCCCCAGGGCAGUGGGGGGGGGGCUGCAGCUCACCUGGGACCUGCGCCUUCACUGCUUUUAAACACCAGCACGCGUAUUUCUCCCAACCUAAAAAGCAACCACCAGCCUUUGGUUACAGGAUGCAGUGCGAGUGCAGGGAACCCUGGGCCUCAUGAAGAGCCACAGGGAAACCCGGCCCAGUCUCCAUAUCACCCCAGCCUGAUCACCAAGGCAAGAGAAGACAGGGGGGCAGGGAGAAAACCCACGCGCCUUGGGAUGCAUCCUGUUAUUUAUGCUUGCUGCACAGACAAUACUAGACAGAAAAAAAAAAAGGCAAAAAAAAAAGCUUCGUAUUAUUCUUCCACUUACGCUGGCUGCUGUUUACAUACCCCGCCAAUGCCUUAGCACUGGAGAGCUUUUUGCAAUACGCUGGGGAAAGGGGAGGGAGGGGAUGAAAAGUGCCAAAGAAAACAUGUUUUUAAAAGCUCGGGUUUUAUACAAUAGAAUGUUUUCUAGCAGAUGCCUCUUGUUUUAAUAUAU